AUGGAACAUCCAUGUGACAAGUUAGUGUCAUUCAAAGAAAAGCAGCGUGUGGUCUCCAAAUAUAUAAACAAACCGAGUCUUGGUGAGUUAUUGGUGACGGAUGAUAUUAGGACUGAAUACGAUUACGUCAUUGUUGGUGGAGGGUCUGCUGGAUCUGUCAUAGCUGCAAGAUUAGCAGAAGACGCAAAUAAUAGAAUCCUCCUUUUGGAAGCCGGGAACCACUUCGAUAAAGACGAGAAUAUACAUGUACCUGGACAGGCUUUUAGCUUUUUACCAACGGACUUCGCAUGGCAAUUUAAAAGUGAAACGGAAGACGGAAGUUUUCAAGGACUUAAAGAAAAAAAGACCAUAAUGAACAAAGGGAAAGUUUUAGGUGGCUCAAGUUCUAUAAAUGCCUGUUUCUAUGCAAGAGGAAGUUCAUUUGAUUUCAAUGAAUGGGUAACAAAAUAUGGUUGUAUAGGAUGGGGAUAUGCUGAUCUCUUGCCUUAUUUUAAAAAAGCAGAAGAUAUAAAAGUACCAGAUUUAAAGACACCAGAUUACCAUGGAAGUGGUGGACCGAUUGCAGUAUCUGAUUCCUAUCGUACUCACGUCUGGACGCUGGAAAACAAAUGGGGUACACCGAGACAGAUUAUAAUGGUGCAUCACAAACUGGAUUUAGUAGGGCACAAAUUACGGGUUAGAAGGGAUGUUAUAUUAUCAGCAGGCGCUAUUAAGUCGCCACAAUUAUUUUUAUUAUCUGGAAUUGGUCCAAGGAAACAUUUGGAAGACUUAGAUAUACCACUGAUCAAGGAUUUACCAGUAGGACAAAGACUAGAUGACCAUGUGAGUGUUAUAUUAAAUGCUAAAAUCAAUCAAUCAAUUGGUCUUGUCCCAGAAAACUUCAGGGGAGUAUGGCCAAAAAUCCAAUAUGCAUUGUUCGGAUCAGGCGUUUAUACUGCGAUUACUGAAGGAACAUCAUUUAUGCAUUUUGACAACUCAAAACUUAACAACAAAAGACCAGACAUUCAGUUUUUGCUGCAACCUUUCUUUGUCGGGGACAAUAAUAUUUUGAAUUACAAUGAUAACACUGCUGCCGACUUAAUAAAUCGCUACCAAGAUAUUUAUGGAGUUUCUGUAGCUAUAGUCUUGUUACAUCCAAAAAGUACAGGCACAGUACGUUUACAAGGUAUUGAUCCUUUUGACAGCCCUUUAUUAGAUACAAACAUUCUUAAUGACCAGCGAGAUGUAGAUGGUUUACUAGCAGGUAUCCGGAUGUUUGAUGAAUUUAUAUCAACUCAAGCAAUGCAAGAACUAGGUGCAGAUUUAAGCAUUAAUAAAGCAUCAUUUUGUUCUCAACAUGAAUUUAGAUCAGAUGAUUUCUGGAGAUGUAUGAUUCGUCAUAUAGCUACAAACAUUAAUCAUUCAACCAGUACAUGUAAGAUGGGAAAGAAAGAUAACAGUACGUCAGUGGUAGAUCCAGACCUUAAAGUAAAAGGAACUAGACCUAUCACUGAAGGAAUUAUGUUAAAAAAAUACGUCACUGUUGGUGGAGAGUCUGCUGGUUCUGUCAUAGCUGACACAUUAGCAGGGAGUGCAUUUGUUAGAGGUGUUACAAGUGAAACCAAAAACGGAAUAUUUCAUGGACAUCAAGAACAGAGAAAAUCAUGA